UAUUGUGGGGGAUUCUUCUUGACGUCCAUCGAAGAAAUAGAACCAGCCAUUAUCGCCCAUCACCGAUCAUGGGCAGCUGGUGAAAUCAAUUGUCGCUUUUACUAUCAGUGUUGAUGUCUAUCGUUCCGAUGUCGAAUAUCCUGAUUGUUCCUUUGCAAAAUCAAAAGCGAUAAACCGCACUACAAGUACCGUACGACUACUAUUUGUGUUCCGGUGUCUAAAUCAUACUACUAAUAAAUUCAAAACAAACCACUGCAUCGGCUACUCGCAUUGCCGUACCUAUCUACUGAUUACUCGCUACACAACGUCCAACUACAACCAAACAAAUUACGACGUAACACAAAAUURCCACCACCAUGCUUUCCUCCGUCUUCCGUUCCAGCAUUGGCAGCAGAACCAGCAGGCUCGCGUGCCGCUCCAAGAAUCGUCAGUUGUCCCGGCAGCAAAAAGCGAGCUUUUGGAAUUUCUUCCGCGAAACUAGUGACGAAGCCAGCGAGAGCAAGUCCGACGAGAAACCAAUGGUUACUAUCACCGGCCUCGACGGCUUUCUUGGCCCCCACGUCGGUCUUGAGUUCCUGAAAUCCGGCGACUACCGGGUGAGGGCGACCGUCCGUAAGAACUACGCCGACAAGUCCAAGAUGGACGCCAUCAAGGAGGCCUACGGGAGCCACUUCCAGGACCUGGACGUGGUCGAGGCGGAACUGCUGGACGAGGAUUCGAUGAUGAGGGCCAUCGAGGGCUCCACCUACGUGGCCCACCUCGCCUCUCCCUACUAUCUCGACAACAAGACCCGCGACGAGCUGGUGGGCCCCGCCGUAAGGGGAACCCUGUCGGCGCUGAAGGCCUGCACCGAGUCGGGAGUGAAACGGUGCGUCUUCACCUCCUCCUAUGCCUGCAUCCGCUGGACCGGCGAGGAAGACGCCCCUUCGAACGGUGUCUACGACGAGAUGGUCUGGAGCAAUCCCGACCGGCCCGGGGGCAUGAGCGACUACGCCGUGAGCAAGCUCCUGGCCGAGCGGGCCGCCUGGGACUACCAGAGGGACCACCCUGAACUGGAGGUGGUGGCCAUCUGCCCCACCCUCCUCCUGGGGCCGGGGAUCGGGCGGCCCAACGUCGUCUCGGAGGAGUUCCUCAAGGCCAUCCUCGAGGAUUGGACGCCUAGCAUCAAGUGCGCGAGCAACUACUACAGCGACGUGAGGGACGUCGCCAGGGCCCACUUCCGGGCUAUUGCGGUCCCGGGAGCCGCCAACCACCGGGUGCUGGUCCACGGUGAGGCCGUGACCAAGGAGGAGAUCCGCACGAUCCUGGAGGAAUUGUACGCCRAYCAGGGCUUCUCGCCCGGUGUUACCACGCUGGACGAUGCUGGGGCCCAGGGAAUCGUCAACGACAACUCCCUUUCCAAGAACCUCCUCGGAAUGGAGUACACCCCGGUCCAGAAAACACUCAAGGACAUGGCCGACGGAAUGAUCGCCUCGGGCGCGGUCGGGCCCCACGGGGRCGAUUCCGACCGCGUGGUUGCGUGAGUCGGAUCCCUUCCGGCGGAAUUGGAUCCAACCACUGCACUGCGACGCAAUGAAAUUAAACUCAACGAAUUUCAAUUCAAUGCAUCUCAUUUUAAAACAAUUACAGAGCAAGCCCUUCGAGACGAAACUGUGGAUGGCAGCGGGUAGCGUACGUACUUGUUUCACACGGCUUGUUGCAAAAAGAUGUUGGUGUUGAUUGCAGUGCCUACAAGACCUCAAACAACCUCCCAACCAAUCCAAAAAAUUACUGCACAUAAUAGUCUUCCAAGAAGCACAGGCAAAACAAAACUACCAAAAAAAUAAGAAAACUAAAUACAAUCAUAAGUUUAAC